AAAACCGUCCAUACAACCCGACUUCAGACCAUUCCUUCUCGAUAGGUUACGUAUCAUACCACCCACAAUGUCCCAGAAAGAAGAAGAAGAGUUGAACCAGCUCAUGGACCUCUUCAAGGAGUCUCCAGAGGAGGCCAAAGUCCGCAAAGAAGAGUUCCAAAAGGCAGUGGUUCAGCAAGCAGACCUCCUUGACUUCCCAGCCAACAUGUCAGUGGUGACUGCGUUGGACGACCUUUUCGGGUGCUUUGCACUUGGAGGCCAAGUCAAGCACUACUACCGAUAUGGAACCUAUGCCUCGUGUCAGAAACAAAGGGAGAAGUUCUGGUUUGCCAUAAAGCACGGAGAAAUGUACGAAGGAAAGCAAAAGCCAUUGGACGAACUCACUGCUAGAGAAAUCAACAAGCGAGUCAAGAUCCAGGACUUCUACAAGCAACGCUGGAUAGAAGAAAAGGCCAAGGGCCUGUCGGAAGAUGUGUGGAGUGUUAGGAAAGAGAAGUUGGAGAAUCCAUUCAAGGGAAGUUUCUCCAAGGAUUAGUCGGUUGGACUACUUGAGGCGAAUUCCUGGAUGGUGUAAGUUGGAAGGGAUUGCUAUGAAAUAGAAGCAGGAAUUAAAGAUGGUUUAAUAUGCUAAAAUCGGCUGGUCAAAGACGGUUAGGAUUUAAAGCACACAGAAUAGAAUAAUGGUAGUAUAUACCAGCGGGAGUUUACGUAUUAACGAAUGAGUAUAUCAAAUAUAUGUACGAUUGGACGGAUAAUUUGUCGUAUUGU